GAAGGCGCGGGCCCCGCCCCUCGCCCCGCCCCCUCGCUCCGGCCCCGCCCCGCGCCGGCACCGAGCGGGACCCGGGGGCGGCGGUCGCCCAUGGGCCGGGGCCCGGUGCCGCCCGCCGAGCGGAGGCGAUGACGGAGGAGCGAGGCAGGGCAGCUGCCCCGGAGGGGGCCCGGCCCCACGGGGCUCCCCCCGACGGCUCCCCCCGCUGUCACCCCCCGGGUCCCCCCCGCGCCCCCCCGGACGUGCGGUUCAUCACCGAGGAGAGGUUCGACUUCAGCGUCCUGUCCCCUGCCGACAGCCGGGAGGAGGAUGAGGAGGAUGAGGAGUCCCCGGGGGGCGUGCGCUGGAGCCCCCUGAGCGGGGCGCAGCUGGAGGAGAUGGUGCGCGAGGCCACGCGGCUGGCGGCCCAGCUGCAGCACAGCCACCUGCCCCCCCUGGGCCCCGGCCCCAGCCCGCCGGGGGGGGGGGGCAGCCCCCGAAACCCCCGCCGCGAGACCUUCGUGGUGAAGGACAGCCCCGUGCGGGAGCUGCUGCCCACCGUGCCCCCCGCCCGCGAGGACACCCCUGGCUGUCACCCCCCGCCAGCACCCAAGGGACCCCCAGCUCGGGGCAGGGGAACCCUUGGCCGGGGGGGCCCUUCCCGGCUGUGCCCCCCGCGUGGGGCAGGGGCUGCGGCACGGGGCAGGUCCGAGCCCCUCCGGAAAGGGCCAGCAGGGUCACCCAUCCUAUGGGGACAGCAUGGGGACAGGGAGCAGAGACCCCCUGGACACCAGCGCACCCCACGGGGCUGGGGGCUCAGUGGGGUCCCCCCCCCAACCCCCCCAUCUCUCCCAGGCCAGCCAAAGGCGAGGGGUGGCGCUGCUGCCGCCCCCCCAACCCGUGCGCCCCGCGCCAGGGCCACCACCGCCGCCGUCCCCGUCCCCAGCAGCCGCCCCCCCCCACCCAGUGCCAUCCCCAAGCCCCCCCCCGGCCGGGCUGGGACGUUGGGGACGGCACCAGGCGGGAGGGCCCCCCCGCGGGCCAGCGUGGUGGCACCGAGAGUUUCCCCACGCCUGCUCUCCCCCCAGGUGCAGGGGCGGCCCCUGGGGGGGCUGGUUCAGGGUGCAGAGCAGCCCCCCCCAGCAGCCGCCUGCGCCCCCCCCGGAAGACGACGGCCAGCAGCACCCUGCGGUGACAGGGGAAACUGAGGCACGGGGGGGCAGGGGGCAGCAGUGCCCCCCCGCACUCCCCCCAAAAGGAGGAGGCAGAGGCUCAGGUUGGAUUUUGCUUUAAUUACAAAAGGUCGCACCAGCAGUAGGAAACCCCCCCCGGCCCCUCCCACCCCACGCACCCAGGGGUCCCUCACCCCCCCCCAGCGUCCAGCACCCGGUGCCACCCCCACCCUGGUGACACUGCCUGAGCCUCGUCCCUGGGGGGGGGGGUGGCCAGACACCUCCACCCCCGCCGACCUGCCCCCCCCGUGCCCCAGCACAGCCGAGGAGGGGGUGACUGCACCCCCCGGCCAUGUGCCCCCCCCACUCCCCUCCUGGGGGGGGUUGGCACGGUGAGGGGCCCCCGUAUGUCCUUUUUUUUUUUCUUUUUUUUGUAUUUUUCAUGUAUUUUUUUAAAUAAAACUCCAUUGGGCAUCAG